GCUGCCUGCAAACCGCGAGACAUGAAUCCUCCGGCCGCGCCUCCCGUCUCGAGCUCGCCGUCGGCUCUCCAUGGCCGUCUCCUCCAGUUAUCGGAUUCGAUUCUGUCGUCCCUGUCGAGGACUCGCGGCGACGCGCCUCCGGAAAGCUCGGGCGUCUCCGUCAAAUCCGUGCUCGAGUCUCUUCUCCGGCGCGAGACCGCGGUUCAAAGCCCUAGCAUCGAUGAGCGCAAGCUCCGCGCUUCGGUCAGGGACCUCGCUCUGGCCUGCGCGCUUCUGGUCGCCGCUCGGUGCUCGAAGCACGAUUCGCUGUCGUGGAUAGUGCGAGACCUCUCGGCGCUUGCGGAUUCGGCUUUCGGCGACCUCGCGAAAGCUUACGCCGAUUAUUUCGGAGAGGACAGUGCGAAGAGGGCUGAUGAACUGGGGAUCGAUUAUGGCUUUGGGGUACCCGCGGAGAAGAGGCUGGUAAUCGAGUUGAUGCCCGAGGUGUUGCCCUUGUUGAAGGAAAGGAUUAAGGAGAGCUCGAUCGAUAAGUCCGACGAGUCCGAUGAAGCCUUCGCUGCAUCGGCCAAGGUCCCUGUUGGUUACGCCAUCGUGGCUGCUUAUCAGCUUAGAUGGUUUGUUACUCAGGUUGAUCAUCCUUAUCUGGGAAAACUGUGUAAUUUGGUGGUUCCUUGUGCUCUAACCGCGCUCGAUCACUGGUCACCUAUAGUUAAAGGUCAGGGCAUGAUUAGCUUCACACAUCUUGCGAAAAAUGUGAAUGCUGCUGAACUUGGUUGGUAUGAAGAUCCGAUUCUUGAUGCGUGCUGCCAAAACAUUGCUUCUGAUGAUGAUAUUUGGCCCCAUGUGGUUGAGAUGUCGGUUCUUCUCGUGACCAGUACUCAACGAAACAACCCUCGUAGCCCUUGGUUUGAGAGAUUACUAAAUGAGAUGUUAAGUCAUUUGGAGCGCCAACCAAGGAAUAAGGAGUGUCGCAUAGCCUGGCUUGAGUUAAUUGAGCCACUCCUCAAUGUUGUCGGUCUUGUGUUAUUAGCUCAUUUUAGACGCCUUUUUCCUCUAUUCUUUCAGUGGAUGCAUGCUGAUGACGAUGAGACUGUUCUACUGGUUCUUCAGAGGGCUCAUACAAUUAUAAGGCUAACAUGGAUAAGGAACACGCCAUUUGUUGACAGAUUAGUGGAUGAACUUCUUGUAUUAUACAAGGAGGCAGCAUUGAGAAGAAAGCGAGAAGAAAUAAGGACACACAUUCUACAGAUACUACUCUUGCUUCAACAAUGCAAGGGCAUGCAGUUUGAAGCAGCCUGGGACAAGCACAGGAAUGAUCCAAACUUGGUGAAGCUUGGCUCAUCUCUGAGUGGAACAAGGCAACAUGUGGUUGACUCUGGCUCUACUACCGCUGUGUCUGAGUAGCAAAUCAACAAAAGCUUUCAACAUGUCAUUCUUUACAAGGUAAUGCAAUGAUUAAGUCGAUGAAAAGUUUUGAGUUCAGAUGCAUGAUAACCAAUGCAAUCAGACAAGUGGUUUUUUGGCAUGCUAUGGUCACAGGUAAGGUAUCCAUGGAUCUCCUUCAGCUACAUCUGCAGCUGCAGCUGUGUUGUGAGCUGACAGUGCUGGACGAUCACCCCUCAAUUGGCCACAAAUACAUAUCAGAUUACAUGGUCUAAUAUGCUCACUAUUCCAAUCAUCAUUUAUGUGUUAAUCACUGGUUCUCACAUGUUCAUAUGUGCGCUUGCAUUGAUCUUGGACGAGGAGGUCUUACACGAGAACCUAUGCUGAUGCUCAAGUUGGCAAUGUUGUGUUUCAGUACUGUCCAUCUCUCGAAUUACCUCUACCUAUAUAUAUUGGUUGUUUACUAGUCAA